AUGCGGAAGAUCCUGCGGUACCUCAACGCCAGCGACUACAUCGCCGGCACCUUGGCGAUCUCCGCCAUGGGCGUCUGCCGCGACUUCGCGGCCCAGCUGGCGCAGAGCCUUUGCGACUGGCUGGUGCGGCGCUUGUGGGUUACCGUGAGGCUCCAUGAGAAGGACGCGGACCUGCUCUUGGCGUGGCUCAGGGAGCGCCCGGAGAUCCACGGCACCUCGGAGCUGUGGCUCUACGCCAAGCGGGGCGAGGGCAAGAGCACCCGUUAUGAGUACGAGCCGGAGAUCUGCUAUACCACUCGCGUGAGGUGUCAGGGCAAAGCCGGAGGCCAGUGGCUCUGGGUCACCCGGGAAGCCCGCGAGAACGGGGAGGCCAAGGCCAAGGUCAGCUUCCUAGGCCACGACAAGGGUCUCCUCGAAGGCAUCUUGCAAGAAGGCAAGGAAAUUCAGAGGCGGAAGCGGGAGAAGUUCCUGACAGUCGUGCAGGUCUACGACUACGGCAAGGAUCAUGGCUUGAAUUGGCUGCAUCCGCAGGACAAGGACCGCAAGCAGCCGGGGCGCUCCAUCUGCUCCGUGGUCUUGCCGCUGGUUCCAGGGACCGACAAGGAUCAGGCUCAGGUUCUCCUGGACGAUGCUCGGGAGUUCCUGAACUCUGAGUCCUGGUAUACGGAGCGAGGCUAUCUCCUGUAUGGCAUCCCCGGCGGCGGCAACUCGGCUUAA